AUGAUUCCUAAAAAGGUGUAUGACCUUUGCCAAAGUGGAAAGUCAGUGUCAGCCGAACUUAGCACUAAUCCCACGUUGGCCCCUCAUGAGGCAUGCAAAAAUCUGUUUGGCGUUGACAUUGAGGAUGAGGUCGUGACCAAGAAGGUGGACCUUUCACACGAGGAAUCCGACGAUCUUGAACAGGCGCGGAGAUGUGGGAAAUGGGGGAAUGCGACUCCAAGCGAUCUUUUCCUUAAGAUAUAUCACAAUGUAUUAUGCACAUUGGAGAGAAACCCUCUUGUGGGCGUUUGCGCACCAUCUCUGAUGGGUAGCACCGGGGUGUGCCCACUGACCAUUAUCGCCACGGUGCCCGACAUCUGUCGGCACAUGUCCAAUGUCAUAGCUCGAGCCGAGCACGAGGUGUUCCUGGCGACGAACUUCUGGAUGUAUUCAGAGCCAAGUAGGCUUAUCACCAACGCACUGCGCGAGCUUUCGCGGAAAGCCGGGGAGAGGGGCCAGCGAGUUGUUGUCAAGAUCAUCUAUGACCGCGGCAGUGUCAAGCAGGUAAUCAACAAUCACCUUCCGGUGUCGCCAGAGGAGUUCUCGGAUCCUAGCGGCAAAGUCAGAAUUCCACAUCCGGAUGAUCUCCCCAACAUCGACCUCGAGGUUAUCAACUUCCACCUUCCAGUCUUUGGAACCUUUCAUGCCAAAUAUAUGGUUGUGGACCGCAAGAUAGCCAUUUUGCAGAGCAACAACAUCCAAGAUAUUGAUAACCUUGAGAUGAUGACACAAUGGGAGGGACCUAUUGUCGACUCGUUCUACGAAGUUGCGCUUAUCUCAUGGCAUAACCGGCUCAAUCCUCCUCUGCCACUGCUCAAUCGCCCAGCCACCGGCAUGCCUCUCCCGACAUUUGAAGAGGCAAGUUAUACCACAAUGUUCGACAAGAAUGGCCGGCCCGUUUCCGUGCAACAAUCAACAAACCCGGUCCCGGAAGGCGACCACAGCUUACCGCAGAUUGCAGAACUUGGGUCACAGCUGGAUCUGCCCCAGCAUACCUCACAGGACCCUCAUUAUGAUCCAGAUAUCAGGUCCGAAGUGUUGCGAGCGGUGGCCACCCUGAAUCCCCGUGCUGGGGAACGACGUAUUGAUGCGAUUACACGACUUCUAAACACGACGAUUCAGCCUGAUACCAGGGGAAGCGCCCCCGAUAUUGGCCCUAGCGAUUCGAUGACGCCGCUGAUUCCAAUUCCUCCACAUGAACCUUUCCCAGUCGCCAUGGUCUGCCGAGAGCCAUGGGGUGCCCCCAACAAGCAAUCUCUGCACACGCCGCAGAAUGAGGCUUUCAUAUCAGCUCUCCGACAUGCAACCAGAUCGGUGUUCAUCCAGACGCCUGACCUUAACGCCGAAGCACUACUCCCCGAGAUUGUGAAUGCCUGCCGACGCGGCGUGAAUGUCACCUACUAUUAUUGCCUGGGAUACAACGACGCUGGUGAACUCUUACCCUUCCAAGGAGGCCACAACGAGAUGGUGGCCAACGGCCUAUACCGAGAUCUGGAGCCGGAAUAUCAUCAAUACCUCGACAUUUACGCCUACGUCGCAAAGGACCAAGUACAUCCUAUACACAACAAAUUCAAAAAGCGCUCGGCUCAUAUCAAAUUGAUGAUUGUUGAUGGACACAUCGGCAUUCAAGGGAAUGGAAACCAAGACACUCAGAGUUGGUAUCAUAGCCAGGAGGUGAAUAUAAUGAUCGACAGCGAAUUGGUGGUAGGUAAAUGGAUGGAAGGCAUUCGACAAAAUCAGAACACCCAUUUAUAUGGCAAAGUGGUCAAGGAAGGCCCGGAUGCUGGGUGCUGGAAAGACCCCAAAACAGGACAACAGGCCGAAGGUGCAAUUGGCGUUGACCCGGGCAGAUUCGCUUGGGCUAAGGGUAUUGUUGGUGCUGUACAACGCGUUCGAGGUGCGGGCGGCUUCUGA